CUUUCCCCCACUUAACUCAGUUCCCUUUUCCCCUUCUCCUCCGAUGACUCUGACGCCGGCUACGACGGCGACGCUUCUCUCUUCCGCCAUUGAAAUCGCCAAAGUCUCUGUUUUGCGUGUUUAGAAAUAGUUUCCAAUUGAAAUUACUGAAUUUUCAUUCUUCCCGUUAUAGAUUCCAAUAAUGUUUAAUGCUACUAGCGGUGGUGAUAGCACCACCAAUAAAAAGCGCGUUCCGGAUUGGUUGAACAGCUCGCUCUGGUCUUCUCCGUCGCCGCAGCCGCCGCCUGCUUCUUCUCCGCCUUCAACGCAAUCUUCUCGACCGCAGCUUUCUCAUGACGACGAGGACGACGCGGUUGCUGAUCGCUCCGCGAAAUCCUCUCCGGUGACCUCUGCGAAGCCUUCGAUGCUGAAGCCGGAUGCUUCUGUUUAUGAUCCACCGUCGAAGGGGCCGGUUCCGGUUCAGCCUCCCUUGGCUGUGAGAGCUGAGCCUCCUGCUAAAGUUGAAAUCAGGGAUCCGUUGAGUGGUUAUUACAGUAGUGAGGAUGAGGAAGGGAAUGGAUAUAAUGGCGCCUCGGUGGCAGCUGCCGAACCGAGUCCUGCGGUGGUGGCUGUGAGCUCAGCUGCGCCGGCAACGCGGGGGACGAAUUACAAUGCUGACGACAUUUCACGGCAGGCUCAGCUUCUGCAAGAGAUAUCUAGGAAAGUGGUAAAUUUGGGAGAAUUACGUAGGCUGGCAUCUCAAGGUAUACCAGAUGGAGCUGGCAUUCGAGCCACUGUGUGGAAGCUUCUCUUGGGAUAUUUACCUUGUGAUCGAUCACUUUGGUCUGCUGAAUUAUCUAAGAAGAGAGCUCAGUACAAGCAAUUCAAAGAGGAGCUUUUGAUGAAUCCUUCAGAAAUCACUCGGAAGCUGGAAAAGUCAAGUCUUGAAGGUGAUGAAUCUGAUGGCGAGGGCAAGGGCUUUCUCUCAAGAUCAGAUAUAACUCAUGGAGAGCAUCCUCUGAGUCUUGGGAAGACAAGCAUCUGGAAUCAGUUCUUCCAGGAUACAGAGGUAAUUGAACAGAUAGAUCGAGAUGUCAAACGCACUCAUCCAGAUUUGAAUUUUUUCUCUGGAGAAUCAUCUUUUGCAAAAUCUAAUCAGGAUUCCCUGCGGAACAUAUUAAUUGUAUUUGCGAAGUUGAAUCCUGGUAUAAGAUAUGUCCAAGGCAUGAAUGAGAUCUUGGCACCACUAUUUUAUGUAUUCAGGAAUGACCCCAAUGAAGAAAGUGCUGUAUGUGCCGAAGCAGACACUUUUUUCUGUUUUGUUGAAUUGUUAAGUGGAUUUCGAGAUCAUUUUUGCCAGCAACUUGACAAUAGUGUUGUGGGAAUCCGUUCAACAAUUACAAGGCUGUCAUUGUUUCUGAAAGAACAUGAUGAAGAACUUUGGCGCCAUCUUGAGAUCACUACUAAGGUCAAUCCCCAGUUCUAUGCCUUCAGAUGGAUAACUCUUCUUUUGACGCAAGAGUUCAAUUUUGCAGACAGUCUUCUAAUUUGGGACACAUUAUUAAGUGAUCCUGAAGGUCCUCAAGUAUGUUAAUUAACUUUCUUCUUUGCUAUCUGCUUUCUUUUUCUAGCUGUUUGUCAGUAUUUUCUUUGAAAACAAUUAGCAAUUGCUUUUAUGGUGUUCACUUCCUGUUUUAAUAGAGUUGUUGUUAGAGGUAGGAGAAGAUAAUUGGCACGAUCAACUUCCUUUGCGAGAAUAAAUCCUGAAAUUGCAAGUAGCAGCAAAACAUGGCCCAAUUUAAUCUCUUAAGAGCUAAAAAUUAUGUCUUCUUCUAUACAGUUUAGUGUCUGUCUAGAGCACUUCCGUGUAACAAAGAUAUUGCAUGAUUAGAAGUCUUUUGGUUAUUUUUCUUACCUGAAAGAAACAUAUCUUCCACCUUUUGUCGCCUAGCAGUUUGUAUUGGGCUAAUCUUUGUUCUUGGACAACAUGUGGCAUAUUCACCUCAUCGUGGUUGAUUAUGAGAUUCUACUUAAUGUGUUUGUUCAGAAACGAACCUCUGGAAAACAUUUAGAUUUAAGGCUAAUCUUUUCAAUACUAUUUGUCUGUAAUGUAUAUAUUCUGUCUCAACGUACUAGUCCUUUCUUAAACUAGUUGUGGGAAUAAAACUUUUGUUAUUGCCGAGAGGGACUUUUCAAAGUUCAAAAGGUAGUAUAUUUUUAACAAUAGGAUUUUACAUCAUUAAGAUUUCUGGUAAUAUGCUAUUCCAUCCGUCCUAGAAAAAUAGUGCACUCUGUUGUACUAGUUUAGUUCAACAAGUGGACAUGAUUUUUGCUAUAGAGGGAGUACUUUUUCCUUCCAAUUGAAAGAAAUCGGUGAGAAUUAGGAAUGUUAGGGUAGCUAUUUAGGAUGGCACUGAAAAUGUGACAGUUGACAGUGUAAGCAAGUGUAAGCUUUUGAAAGAUUCCUCAUUUCUUCUCUCUCCUCGUUGUAGGAAACGUUACUUCGAGUUUGUUGUGCCAUGCUCAUAAUUAUCCGGAGGCGUUUGCUUGCUGGUGAUUUCACUGCUAAUUUGAAGCUACUGCAAAACUAUCCACCUACAAAUAUCAGCCACCUUUUGUACGUUGCCAACAAGUUGCGGUCACAUGCAACAGGCUGAUUUUUGUUUUGCAGUGUACCCAUUCAUUUUCUUUUUCUCCCUUUUGAAGUUAUUGUAAUGGCUCUUGAUGUAAAUGCUGUUGGUUGUUUCUUCUUCUCGUGUCUUGCCUCUCGGACUACAAAGAUCAAAAGUGGGGAAAAGAGAAGAAAAAUCUUCUAGCAGUUCGCCAGUUAUUUAUGUACGGUUAUAAGGGUGUAAUUUAUUUUUUCAAGGGUUUCUACUAGGUGAAAGAAACAAGUACAGAUAGGUUGAAUAUGUAUAUGUUUACUGUCAUUACUUCAUUAUCUAGUAACUCUCUCUCAAUUUUUAUAAGUAUAGUUUGAUAUUUUGACUCGUCC